AAACCUAAUACAGGUACAAAAGCUAAUCAAACACUACGCCUCAACAAUGGUCCACCUCUGCCUCACUAAAUCCAUGAACAGUGGGAUCGCAUUCUGUUUUUCGAAUAUUAUUCUUGUUAUCAACAAUACUCGUGAGCAUAUCAUCCUUAAGAAGGGGAGAAGGGAGUAUUGCAAGGAAAAAGAGAGCUGGGUGGACUAUCCCAUUGAGAAAGGGGAAAGAAUUGGGCCAGGUGAGCAUGCCUGCUGCUGUGCGUCGAAAUUUGGGAAGGAAUGGAGGCGUACACAGAAGUUGAUGCGAAAGUAUUCGGAAAUGAGGGUUUCCCUUGAGGGUGAAGAUGACAGGAAAGCGAAGGUGCUAUCACUUCCUGAAGUUAUGAACAACAUAGCCUUCGUCUUCAACAUGGGAGACAACAGUCAGUUGGUAAUGGAAACUGUAUCAAGGGAAGAAGCGAAAAGCAGAAAAAUCGAGCCUUCUCUUUGGAAGAAGCUUGAGGAGAUGAAAGUGCAGUGUAUAUCAGUCGUGAACAAGCGGAAAACUGCUUGCAAGGAAGGGGCACGCGAAGAACUCGGCACAGCCCAUGUUUGAUUGCAGUAGUCAGCCCCAUGUUUGAUUGCAAUUCUACCUUGAUUUUGAGUUGAUCAAGAUUUUUUGUUUGAUAUGUUAAUUGUAUGGGCGUUUAGAGAUUCAACUCAUCUUCUGUUACAUUCAUCCUAGUGCCUUGAGCAAUUUAUCAGAAGUUGCAGCUGCAAAUUGAUUAAGAUACGCUUUUGAAAACAAGGAAUGCCCCCAGGAGGCCGGAGGGCACUAAACUUGCGGUUUCAGUUUUCCGACUCGACAUAGUUUUGUUUCUGUUGGCCAAUUUGACUGCCAAGAAAGCAUUAUCUCUAUCUCUUUUGUCUGUUCCUCUCGGAAACGGACAGAAUCCUUGCAAGCAAAGUCAAAAAGACAUUGUUAAAGCUUAAUAACAUUUUCAACAGGAA